AUGGCUUCUGGGCAUAGUUUUCUGAAUCAGCAGAACUCAUCCAAAUCACAUUCAUGCCAAGAAUUCGCUCAAGUUCAUAGCUUGUCUGCCCAUUCCUCGAUUGAAACAUGUAACCAGCUUGCCUCAUCACCUUCCAGAAAAUCCUUUCAACAAGGAAACAGGCAGGCAUUUCGAACUCGCCAUGAUAAGACAACCGGAAAGAGGCAGACUGUGUUAACGGGAAAGAAGGAGGAGACUGUAUCGCAAUCGGUUUCAUCAGGUACAGAAAAAGUCCUGCAAGAAGGGGAUGCCUUGUAUGAUAAUCAGAAACCUUCUCCACAAGCAAUAGGGUUUCCAAUAAGUACAAGAUAUACCAUAUCAAUAGAUGACAUCACAAGUCAAUUUAAUGGCCUGAACCUCAAUGGAAGCUGCAGCAAAUCUAUAGAGCAUGAGAAAAAUGCACUUGUCCCAUACAAUGCACCUGGCGCAGUUGUUCCCCAUGACGGGACUCUUAAGAAACGUAAGCCACGGCUUAAAGUAGAGCUUGACCCAGAAACAAAUAGGAUGUGGAAUCUCUUGAUGGGCAAGGAAGGAAGCGUUGGCAUUGAAGAAACUGAUGAGAAAAAGGAGAAGUAUUGGGAAGAGGAAAGAAAGGUUUUCCGAGGACGAGUUGACUCAGUCAUUGCACGCAUGCACCUUGUUCAAGGAGACAGAGGUUUUUCGAAAUGGAAAGGAUCAGUUGUUGACUCAGUGAUUGGAGUUUUCCUUACUCAGAAUGUUUCAGACCAUCUAUCAAGCUCUGCAUUCAUGUCCUUAGCAGAAAAAUUUCCGCUCAAGUCGAGCAAUCGCCAAGCUCAAGACAAGGUUGGGAUGAACUUGUUGGUUAAAGCACCGCAAGUUCGCAUGACAAGCCCAGAGGAUGGCACCAGAUGGCAUGAAGAAGUAUCAAGUCAACCAAUCUAUAACCGAAUUUCUGUGGCACUCCAUGGACCUGCAGAAAAUCAGAGAGGCAGUGAGACAUCAGGGAUGGAAAUGAACUUAGUGGAGGCACAUAGCCAGUGUUUGGAGGAAGAAUUUGCAGCAUCUCAAGAUUCUUUUCAAUCCUCAGUCACUCAAGCUGCUAUAGGAAUCCGAUCCUACUUGGUGCCCAACUCAGAAGCAGAAGAUUCCAUCACAGAGUGCCAACCCAACAAGAUUCAUAUGCCUCUUUCAACAAAUCAAGAGAUGGAGAAAGCGACCACAUUUCAGGAAUUUUACCAAGUAAAUGGAAGUUCAGUAUUAACUGAUGGAUCCAAUAAUGGGUAUAUAGAAUAUGGAAAGCUAAAGAAAAGAUCAGACAGAAUCGAUGAUCUCAACGGAACUUCUUCGUUCACCAACCUACUCAAUCUUCACAACAGAACAAUGCAAGUACCAUUUGCUUCUUCCAGCAACAAUCAGUUGUAUAUGUACCCGGAUUUUGGAGAACCAGAUCCAUGUGGAUUUGGAACUUUCAGUCAGGAAAGCAUAUCGUCUUGGCCUCCAACUGCUUCCAGGUUCAACAUUGAAAAUGGCGAAAAGUGCGAAAGCUUCAGAAAUGAAGAGCUGUCAGGAAGUGUUGUUAAUGCCUCUGUGCCACAUAAUAUUUUGUGGGGUUCUCAAAAUAAUUAUCAACCAAGUUCGAGCAAUGGAUGCAAUCAUCCUUCCUACUACAGUCAUCAAUGUGAAGGGAACCAAACCUUCCAAUUACAAAACAAGUCAGUAAGAGAGACUCCAAAAUCUACUGAACUUCUGGGAAAGAAGAGUGGCAUGCACCAUGCUCGAAAUGUCAGUGAGCUUAAUAAAAAAUCUGUCAAUGUCGUCGAUAGGAUCUCUGUUGUGAAUAAGCAAAUACACAUGGGAAAUCAGUCAGAUGAAUCAAAUUUAAAGGAGCAACUACAUUCCUAUGGCCACCCACAUAAUGAGACAAGUACAAAGAUUUCAAAAGGAAGAAAAGGAAAGGCCGUGCGCAAGGAACAGAAUGGAGUUGACUGGGACAUGUUGAGAAAGCAGGUGGAGGGCAACGGUAGGAAAAAGGAAAGAAAUGAAGACACAAUGGACUCACUGGAUUAUGAAGCACUUAGAAAUGCUGAUGUGAUUGAAAUUUCUGAUGCGAUCAGGAAGCGAGGGAUGAACAAAAUGCUAUCUGAUAGAAUCCAGGGAUUCCUGAACCGACUGGUUAGAGAUCAUGGAAGCAUCGAUCUGGAAUGGUUAAGAGAUGUUCCACCAGACAAAGCGAAGGAUUAUUUAUUAAGCAUACAAGGAUUGGGCUUGAAAAGUGUGGAGUGCGUCCGGCUCUUAACCCUGCACCAUGUUGCUUUCCCGGUUGACACAAAUGUCGGAAGGAUAGCAGUACGACUAGGAUGGGUUCCCAUCCAGCCACUGCCUGAAUCACUUCAGCUACACCUAGUGGAACUGUAUGAGCUGCACUACCAGUUGAUUACAUUCGGAAAGGUUUUCUGCACAAAGAGUAAACCAAAUUGCAAUGCAUGUCCAAUGAGAGGAGAGUGCAGACACUUCGCAAGCGCUUUUGCAAGUGCUAGACUUGCCCUGCCAAGGCCAGAAGAGAAGAGCAUUGUCAGUUCAAGUUCUUCAAUUGCAGCCGAGACAAAUCCUACUAUAGGUGUUACUCCCAUGUCACUGCCUCCACCCGAAAACAAAUCGCUCCGGAAAGUAGGUACAGAAAUUAACAAGUGCGAACCAAUCAUUGAAGAACCAGCAACGCCAGAACAAGAGUUCACGGAGCUAUCACAAAGUGACAUUGAGGACUUUCCCUAUGAGGAUCCUGACGAGAUUCCUACCAUCACACUCAACGUUAAAGAGCUCAACUCGACAAUAAAAUACUACGUGCAAGGGAACAGGGAGCUCCGAGAAUGCGACACAUCCAAGGCUUUAGUUUGUUUGAACCCAGAUGCUGCUUAUAUCCCUGGCCCCGAGCAAAAGUUUGCCACUCGACUACGAACAGAGCACCAAGUGUAA